AAUGAUAGAUACCUGGGCUUGUGUUUACAUCCAUUUACAUGGAUGUAAAUUCAAAGAGUCGGAGUACCCGGCCCGGAGGGUUACCGGGGUCCCACCCUGGAGCCAGGCCUGGGGUUGGGGCCCGUGAGUGAGCGCCUGGUGGCCGGGCUUUCACCCAUGGGGCCUGGCCGGGCCCAGCCCGAACCGGAUACAUGGGCUCAUCCAACUGUGGACCCACCACCCGCAGGAGGAACAUGAAGGGUCCGGUGCAAUGUGGAUCGGGUGGCAGACCAAGGCGGGAGCCUUGGUGGUCCAAUCCGAUCCCCGGACAAGAAAACUGGUUUUUGGGACAUGGAACGUCACCUCGCUGGCGGGGAAGGAGCAGGAGCUUGUAGCAGAGUUUGAGCGGUACCGGCUAGACAUAGUCGGACUCACCUUGACACAUAGCAUUGGCUCUGGAACCCAAAUCCUUGAGAGGGGUUGGACACUCUCCUUUGCUGGAGUUGCUCCGGGUGAGAGGCGGAGGGCUGAGGUUUGCUUUUUGUUAGCCCCAAGACACUCUGCCUGUGUGUUGGCGUUUACCCCGGAGGACGAGAGGGUAGCUUCUCUGUCCCUUCGGGUCGGGGAACGGGUCUUGACUGUUGUUUGUGCUUAUGGGCCAAAUAUCAGUUCAGAGUACCCACCCUUUUUGGAGUCCCUGGGACGAGUGCUAGAUAGUGCUCCAUCAGGGGACUCCAUUGUCCUGCUGGGGGACUUCAAUGCUCACGUGGACAAUGGCAGCUUGACCUGGAGGGGUGUGAUUGGGAGGAACGGCCCGCCUAAUCUGAACUCGAGUGGUGUUUCAUUAUUGGACUUCUGUGCAAGCCGCAGUUUGGCCAUAACGAACACCAUGUUCAAACAUAAGGAUGCCCACCGGUACACUUGGUACCAGGGCAGCCUAGGUCACAGGUCAAUGAUAGACUUUGUAGUCGUAUCAUCUGACCUGCGGCCAUAUGUUUUGGACACCCGAGUGAAGAGAGGAGCAGAGCUGUCAACUGAUCACCAUCUGGUGGUGAGUUGGAUCAGAUGGCAGGGGAAGAUGCCGCGUAGACCUGGCAGACCCAAACACAUAGUGAGGGUCUGCUGGGAACGCCUGGCAGAAGAACCUGUUAAGACGGUCUUCCACUCCCACCUCCGGCAGAGCUUUGACCGCGUCCCAAGAGCAGUGGGGGACAUUGACUCCGAGUGGGCCUUGUUCCACUCUGCGAUUGUUGAGGCGGCUGCUGUUAGCUGUGGUCGCAAGGUGGCCGGUGCCAGUCAUGGUGGCAACCCCCGUACCCGCUGGUGGACACCAGAGGUUCGGGGAGCCGUCAGGCUGAAGAAGGAGGCCUACAGGGCGUGGCUGGUCUGUGGGUCUCCGGAGGCAGCAGACCGGUACCGGAUAGCCAAGCGGAGUGCAGCAGUGGCAGUUGCCGAGGCAAAAUCUCGGGCGUGGGAGGAGUUUGGUGAGGCCAUGGAGAAAGACUAUCGAUCGGCUCCAAAGAGGUUCUGGCAAACUGUCCGGCGCCUCAGGAGAGGAAGGCAGCAACUCGCUCACACUGUUAACAGUGGGGAUGGGAAGCCGCUGACGUCAACUGGGGCUAUAGUCGGACGGUGGAAGGAAUACUUUGAGGAGCUCCUCAAUCCCACCUAUGCGCAUUCCGAGGAGGAACCAGAGCCGGGGGACCUGGGGAUGGACUGUCCAAUCUCGGGGGGGCAGAAGUUGCAGAGGUAGUCAAACAACUACACAGCGGCAGAGCCCCGGGGGCGGAUGAGGUUCAUCCUGGGUAUCUCAAGGCUAUGGAUGUUGUAGGGCUGUCAUGGUUGACACGUCUCUGCAACAUUGCAUGGUCAUCGGGGGCAGUUCCUGUGGAGUGGCAGGCCGGGGUGGUGGUCCCCAUCUUUUAGAAGGGUGACCUGAUGGUGUGUUCCAACUAUAGGGGGAUCACACUCCUCAGCCUCCCUGGAUAGGUCUACUCCAAGGUACUGGAGAGGAGUGUCCGAUCGAUAGUUGAAUCUCAGAUUGAGGAGGAGCAAUGUGGUUUUCGUCCUGGCCGUGGAACUGUGGACCAGCUCUAUACCCUUGCAAGGGUGAUGGAGGGGGCAUGGGAGUUUGCCCAACCAAUCCACAUGUGUUUUGUGGAUUUGGAGAAGGCUUAUGACCGUGUCCCCAGGGGCACCCUGUGGGGGACGCUCCAGGAGUAUGGGGUGGGUGGCUUUUUGUUAAGGGCCAUUCAGUCCCUUUACCAGAGGAGCGUGAGUUUGGUCCGCAUAGCCAGUAGUAAGUCCGACAUGUUCCCGGUGAGGGUUGGACUCUGCCAGGGCUGCCCUUUUAUCACCGGUUCUGUUCAUUACCUUUAUGGACAGAAUUUCUAGGCGCAGCCGUGGUGUGGAGUGUGUCGAGUUUGGUGGCAGGAGAAUCUCAUCUCUGCUUUUUGCGGAUGAUGUGGUCCUCCUAGCUUCAUCCAGCUCUGACCUUCAGGUCUUGCUGGGUAGGUUUGCGGCCGAAUGUGAAGCGGCUGGGAUGAGGAUCAGCACCUCCAAAUCUGAGACCAUGGUUCUCGACCGGAAAAGGGUGGCUUGCCAACUCCGGGUCGGGGGAGAGGUCCUACCUCAAGUGGAGGAGUUUGGGGAGAGGACAGUCUGGAGCUCCCUAGUUGGGAUGUUGCCCCUGCGACCCGGACCCGGAUAAGCGGAGGAAGACGACGACAACAACGACCUGGGCUUGUUACCAGAAAGUAGUUUGAGAUGCCCGUAAUAAAUUAUUUUCAAAUAUUAUUACUGCAUCCUUUGGCAACCAGCGUGUCCUGUAUCAGACCCUCAAUGCUGUUCUUUCAGCUAGUGACCACCACUCUCUUACUACCUCAGAUGCUCAAUGCACUCAAUUUUGGAAAUUUUUUCUAGGAAAAAUUGCUAGCAUCUGGGCUCAAAUUUCUUCUCCCUAUGUUACUAGUUUUCCUGAACCAAUCCUGCAUCGGUUUCUUGAUAACUUUGACUUACUUUCUUUGUCCUCUGUAGCGUAAUGAAGGAGCCAUUUCUCCCCUCUAACAGCUGUUCUGUUUGACACAGUGCCAGAGUGCAUGAAACAGCCCAAGGUCAUGCAUUCACUCCUAAUGUUUACAUUCCAGCAGUGAAGACAGAAGGACGAAGAAUGAACUCUUUUCUUUUAAUUAACCAAAGAACUCUAUUUUAAUAAAGCUAAUCAAAAUAGUAGUUAGUCAAUAAUAACCAUGUGACCGAUCUGUGAAAUCACAAUGUUAUGAUUAAUGUUUAAUAAGGAAAUGACGUAUUGUAGCCACUAGACACGCUGAUUCACAAGAUAAAUAAUCAUGACACAUUCCGGUCGCAAAAUCCAACCAGAACCUUCACAUCUGAAGCGUGGCAGAGUCUCUGUGGUGUUUAUUUAAUCUGUCAGCUGUGAUUCGUCCAGAAACGAAAACAUCAAAGAUUAAUAAGUCAGAACAACGCCAUUUUGAGUUCAGUCUUCAGCCAGCUCUCAAAAUCAUCUGAUGUUCAUCAUUGCUAAGUGGAGUACGAACUGGCCAUCUUUACUUUUUACUUUUAAGCUGAGAACUGUCAAGCUGGGAACAUCCUGUCGUUGUUAUCAACAUAACAACGGUUCCUUCAGAAUGAAAGCUGAACUCGCUGACCCAAAAGGGGGGUCCCUUUUGACGCUGUGAAACACCUGCCGUUUUUACCUGGAGACUAUCCAUAGACUGGCUUGUCGUGCUGAGGAUGCUGUUUCAUUCGGCUCCAGUACCAGAGGAGGGUCCUUGGACCUGGCAGCCUGAUCUAAGACGGGAGUCCCUGACGGGUAAUGUAGAACGGCACAGAUAGCGUCUCGUCAAAGGUUCAAACGUCGAUCAGUUAGGAGCAAAACAACAUCUCCCACUCAGACUCGCUUCUCCAGAACGCGGAGGUUCUGAACUGACAUCGCACCAACACACACUCCACCUCAUUCCCUUCCAUUUGCAUCCAUCACUAGAGAGUUAGUCCUGUUAAUUGUUUAAAAUAAUUUAGAUAAUAAAUUUUUCUUAAACGUUGGAGGUCUCUCUUGUCUCUCAUUUCAUGCAAAGUGUAUUUUAAAUUUCCCUGUAAUAAAAAGAACAUUCUUCUGAUUUUAAAAGCCCAGUGUCCAGAGAUGGGACCCAUGCCAGGUAUGGAUCAUUAACAUCUCUGGUCAUUAAUUAAAUUGUAAUACCCUUCAUUUCCAUUACACCUCUCUUGAGAACCUCCUGUCUGCCUUGAAGCCGUCAGGUUCUCAUGUUGACCCUGUCCCUCCACACCUCCUUAAAGAGACAUAUUCUGUCACUGGCCCCCUUUUGCUGAACAUUAUUAACAACAGCUUAUCCACUGGUGUUGUACCCCGUGCUUUUAAACAUGCAGUAGUUCAACCCAUUCUGAAGAAGCCUGGCUUGAACACCUCGGUUAUGAGUAAUUUUCGCCCGAUCUCCAAGCUUCCGUUUCUAUCCAAACUACUAGAGCGUGCUGAUUUUAAACAAAUUAUUUCUUACCUUGAUGAUCAUGGUUUAAUGGAUCCCUUCCAGUCAGGCUUCCGAUCCCUCCAUAGCACUGAGUCAGCUCAUCUUCAUGUUUUUAAUGACACUUUAUUAAACCUUGACUCUGGUUCUAAUGUAUUGCUGGUUUUGUUGGAUCUAUCUGCUGCUUUCGACACGGUUGAUCACCCUAUUCUGCUGACUCGGCUGAACCAGCUGGUCGGCAUCCAGGGCCUUACAUUGGUUUUGGUCCUACUUUGCAGUACUGCAAAGGGGAGAGGAAAAGGUCGCUCCGAGGGUCAGGGAAGGACACGCUCAAGGGGUGAGGGCAGCAGGCUGAGGUCCAGAGCUCCUUCAAGAGGACCAGGGCGCCGGGGUAGGCAGCGAACAGCUUUCAGAGAAGAGGACCGAGACCGGCUUGCACAGCUGAGAGCUGCCAGUACAGCUGAGAUGCAGUUUCCUGUUCUGAACCACCUACCUGGUCUGGAGUUGUUUCCCAUCUCACCACUCAAGGAUCCUCAGGUCUCCGAUCUCCUCGCCCGCCUGCCUGUCCACGCUCAGCACCAUCCUCACCACUCCAGCCUCUCCCAGUCCUCCUCCGCACAACUUCUGGUCUCUGACCAUUCCGGUCCCGUCCCGUUCCGUUCCUGUGUUUCAGACGCAGCGCCUUUAGUUCUAGUUUUGUCCCCUUAUUUCUGUUUUAAGAAAUAAAACAUUUAUAUUUUUCUUACUCUGUCGUGAUUCUUCAUGUCCUUGGUGAAAGCUCUUACCCACAGCAUGACAAUCUAUGGUAAUGACGUUGCGUGCCAACAGCCAUGAAACUUUAGAGGAAGAUGUUGGAGGAGGCCGAACAACAUGGCGGCCGAGUAGGACUUUUUUCGCCGCUCUGGUCACACCCAAACGUUUUUUGAACGCGUUUAACUGCUUUUUCGUGUUAAAAAUAACCUACCCAACAGUCUACCAACAGUUUAAGCCUCUCUGGCUUCUUCUGGGCAGGUAACCAUGCCUAAAUCAGCUCUUAAAAGAGGCAGCUAUGGCAACAAGAUGGAAGUUAGCUUGGCAGCUAACAACAACGACCAUAACUAUGACGGUAUAAUGGCCAGCAACUCUCAAGUAGUGGAUGAAGACGAAUCCCCUCCUCUCCUGGUUACACCGUGCAAACCCCCAAUUGCAAAGAAACCAGCUGUCGGUAAUUCCCCGCUCAACAAUUCCCUAAUUUCUGAAGAUGUUGUUUCGAUGCUUGCUAACUUGAUAAGUUCCAGAAGUGAUCUGCAAGAGAAAAAAGUGGAAAGUGUGCAUGAAGAAAUUGUUGAGAUAAAGAAUAAGAUAGGCCGCGUUGAGAAAAGAGUUGUCUCAAAUGAAAAAAACAUCCCUGUGUGCAUGGACCGAGUAGCAGAACUUGAGCGUUACGGGCGGCGGUGGAAUUUAAAACUCCAUGGUGUUGCCGAAUCUGACCGAGAAAACUGUCGACAGGAAAUAAUACGUGUUUUACAAGAGAUUUUGCCCCAGGAGAAAGAGAAGAUUCCCGACUUCAUUGAUGUGGCACACCGCGUUGGAAAGAAGCGCUCAGGUGAUCCCAGACCAAGAGCCAUCAUCCUGCACUUCACUGCCAGAAGACACUGAGAUGACAUCUGGAAAGCGGCCAAAGGCAGCAGCUUCUUGCAGAGGAAUAACUUGCACUUCUUGGAGGACUUAUAUAAAGUCGACCGCGACUCACGUCAAAAACUGUGGCCCUCCAUCCGGAAAGCUCGAGAAGAAGGAAAAGUGGCGUACUUCAUCGGAGGCCGGGGCUUUGUUGACGGUACAGAAAUCUCGCAGAUCGCCAUAAUGGAACACUGAAUUAGAGCCUCACAAUCGUCUUUUGGCAUCACUCGUUUCUUCUAUUCAAAGAGUGGCUUUUUGGCCAUCUGCUAAUAUGGGUAUGGUAACAUAAUUUCAAGUUAAUGUGUUGCAGUAUACUUAUUGGUUUAGCUGGGUACCAGUUACGGUGGUUCCAUUUUAUACACUUUUCAACACAGGUUGUUCAAUAAUAUUUGAACUUUAUUGUUAGUGUUCUUUGUUGUUGUUAUGUUAUCUUUAUUUUCUCUAAAUGCCAGGGGGUUACGCAAUAUAACUAAAAGAAAAGCUUUAUUUUUAUUUGCUAAAAUGACCAGAUCAGAUUUUUGUCUUUUCAGGAAAGUCCUUCUACAGUAGAGGAUGCCAGUUUUUGGAAAACACAAUGGGGUAAUACUAUUUGGUUUUCACAUUUGCUGUACAUUCUGCAGGAGUUGCAACUCUAAAAAACAGAUUUAAUGGAGAGAUUCUUUUAACGGAAAGUGACCCCUUUGGUCACUAUACAUGUCAGAUGAUUGAGGUGGAACAUAGACAUUUUUUUUCUGUGCAAAUGUAUAUGGUUAUAAUAACAGAAAGGAUAACAUAAGUUUAUUUCGCUCUCUUGAAAAGAUAGUUACAACGUGGUUUAAAACUUUCCACAUGCUCUAAUUUGUAUGGGAGGUGAUGUUAACACUGUUAUGAAUGGACAAACUGACAAAUGGCCACCAGGGAAACCAAAUGAUUCCAGCUCCAUUGUUAUCUCUUUCAUGGAAAAAUUUAAUUUAGUUGACAUUUGUAGGGUUAAGAAUGAUGACACCAGUGUGUUUACCUGGUCUAACAAAACUGGUUCAAACAAUCUAGAUUAGAUUUCUGGUUGAUCUCUAAAACUAUAAAUAAAGAUUGUGUCAAUAUUAAGAUAUCCCCUACUCCUCUCACCGAUCAAAAAGCCAUUCAGAUAACCAUCAAUCUGUCAGAUUAUAAAAACUCCAACUCCAUACGCACUUAUUGGAAAUUGAACUGUCAAUUACUACAACAUGAAGAGGUUACGGUAAAGAUUUCUGUGUUAAUUCAUACUUUCUGGUCAAAAGCUAAAAAUGAAAAUAGUUUUGGAUCUAACUGGGAACUUUUCAAGUUUGAAUGUGGUAAGUUUCUGAGGAAAUUUGGCAGUGCCAGAGCAAAAUCAUCUAAUGCCGAGGAAGCAGAUAUUAUACUGGGUAUUUCAAAACUCUCUCUGAUUCGCCUCUCUCUAUUGACUAGCGAAGAACAGCAAGAGUUAGCUGAAUUACAACUGAAACUAGAUAAUAUCUAUACCCAGAAGAGUAAAGGUGCCUUUGUAUAUUGUAUAUUGUAUAUUAUAAAUAAAGCAUUGAUUGAUUGAUUGAUUGAUUUGUCAGAUCGAGGAAUUCUGUUGCUCCUUUUAUGAAAAGUUAUAUUCCUCCAAUCCAAACAUAUCAUCUACUGAUUCCUUUCUAAGCUCUUUUACUGCUAACACUAUUUCUCAAACUGAACAACAAAUUUGUGAAAAUUCGAUUACAAUACAAGAAAUUUUAGAUGCAAUAAAUUGUCUAAAAACUAACAAAUCGCCUGGGGUUGAUGGUUUAUUAACAGAAUUCUACAAAACAUUUCCUCAAGAUUUAGCCCCUUUUCUAGCCCCUUUAGAGGUUUUCAAUGAAAGUAUCGGAAGAGGUGUCCUUCCACCCACCUUGACUCAAGGUCUAAAGAUAUUAAUUCCUAAACCCAAAAAAGAUCCAUUGCUCAUUGAUAAUUGGCGCCCUAUCUGUCUUCUCAAUAAUGAUUAUAAAAUCCUUGCUGUCACUUUUGCUAAAAGGUUAAAAUCAACUCUACACUCAAUCAUUGAUGACACACAAUCGGGCUUUAUGAAGAACAGACAUAUCACCAAUAAUAUUAGGCUUGUUUUAGACCUCCUAGAUUACCCUGAGCUUGUUCAAGACAAUAGUUUCAUUUUGUUUUUAGACUUUUACAAAGCCUGUGAUACCAUUGAGCAUAAUUUCAUUUUUCAGUCUCUUGACAAAUUUGGUUUUGGGCCUUUCUUUAAAGCUGCUAUUAAAACUAUGUAUAAAAAUGGUAAUAGCUCCAUCAAGUUGAAGGGCGGUACUUCUGCCAGAUUUAAUAUUUGUAGAGGUAUCCGUCAAGGAUGCCCCAUCUCCCCCUAUUUAUUUCUUUUAGUGAGUCAAAUUCUGGCCUAUCACAUACAUUCUAGUCCUCUUAAAGGUAUAACAGUAGCUGGUAGAAGCUUAAUACUAACUCAACUGGCUGGUGACACAACCUUAUUUUUAAGAGAUCACUCUCAAAUUUCUGUGGCAAUCAAUGUAAUAAAUACCUUUUCCAAUGUAUCCGGCCUCCAUUUAAAUAUUAAAAUAUGUGAACUCAUGGCAAUAAAAAAUUGUUCUGAAUGUGAAUUUGAGAAUAUACCUGUCCAAAAUGAAGUUACUUACCUAGGGGUAAUUAUCACAAAAAAUCAACCUGAAAGAUGUUCAAGAAACUUUAAUCCUUUAAUUAAAAAUACUCAGAAGAAGCUUAAUCAAUGGCUCAUAAGAGACCUCUCUAUAAGAGGUCGCAUUUUGAUUAGCAAAGCUGAGGGCAUCCCCCGGCUGACUUAUGCGGCCCUGGCUCUAGAUCUUAAUAGUAACGUGUGUAAGGAGAUUGAUCGGUUAUUCCUUGACUUUGUUUGGAAAAACAAGACCCACUUUCUUAAAAAAUCCUCCCUAAUGAAUGCGCUUGAAAAUGGUGCUUCCCAUUUCUUUAUUGAAUAAUACUUUUAAAAUUAACUGGAUUUGUCAGUUUUUCAAGUCUCCUACCUCUAUCUGGCGUAUAAUACCCCAUCACAUUUUAUCCAACUUGGUGGUUUAAAGUUUUUCUUGAUUUGCAACUAUAAUGUGGAAAAGCUCCCCGUUACUUUAUCAGCCUUUCAUCGCCAGGCCUUCCUCUCAUGAACACUCAUGUACAAGCACAAGCUCUCACCUCACCGCUGCUUCAUCUGGAAUAAUGACAUUCUUUAUAAACACAAGUCUCUGUUUUUCAACUCAUGGUUCCAGAAUAACAUAAUUUUAGUAGACCAACUCUUUAAUGCAGAAGGUCAGUUACUUUCCUAUGGUGAGUUUCUACAACAGUAUAAUAUUCCGAUUACGCCGGGCGAAUACGCAAAUGUUUUUGGAGUCAUUUCUCCAGGAGUGUGUAUGUUAUUCAACCAGAGACCUAGAUAAGAUUAUAGUCAGUUCUCUCCUGUUUUUUCUCCAGCUCUGUCCCCAAUCGGUGAAGUAUGUUUUAAUUGCUCUCCUAAUAAUGAAAAUAAAGCAAUUAGAACUGUCUUUCUUAAAGACAUGACAUCUCGUCCAUGUGCCGUACCAUACUGGAAUAGAUUUGUGGAUGACUUGACAUGGAGGAAGGUUUGGCUUCUACCCAAUCAAUUUUUGAUCACUAACAAGGUUAAAGAAUCUUCCUUUAAACUAUUACAUAGAUUCUACCCCUCUAAAUGUUGUUUAAAAUGUUUAAAUCAGACCUGGAUGUAUCUUGUACAUUUUGUGAAGAUCUUCCAGAAACAACGACUCAUCUUUUUUGGCUGUGCCCUCAGUCCAAACGGUUUGGGCAGUCUUUCUGUGACUUCAUCUGCUGUAAAUUCUCUGUCAGUUUAACAUUUAUUGGAAGCAGGUUUUGUUUGGCCUUCACCAGAAUAUUUUUAAGAACUCUAUUACAUUUUUUAUUAAUCUGUUAUUUCUUUUGGCCAAAUUUCAUAUCCAUAAAUAUAAUUUUCUUAAAAGCAAACCCAACUUUAACUGUUUCUUAGUGGGUCAAGCAUUAUAUGGACUCUAUUCGGUUCUCACAAAACCAGAAGGCUGUAAAGACUACUCAAAUAUGUACCCGCUUUAAGAUAAUCUGAUCCUGAUUUAUUACUAUUUCUGGGUUGAUGUUCUCUCUAGAUAUACAGGUGCUGGCCAGUAAAUUAGAAUAUCAUCAAAAGGUUGAAAAUAUUUCAGUAAUUCCAUUCAAAACGUGAAACUUGUACAUUAUAUUCAUGCAAUGCACACAGACCAAUGUAUUUCCAAUGUUCAUUACAUUUAAAUUUGAUAUUCAUAAGUGACAACUAAUGAAAACUCCAAAUUUGGUAUCUCAAAAAAUUAGAAUAUUCUGAAAAGGCUGAAUAUAGAAGACACCUGCUGCCACUCUAAUCAGCUGAUUUACUCAAAACACCUGCAAAGGCCUUUAAAAGGUCCCUCAGUCUUGUUUUGAAGGCACCACAAUCAUGGGGAAGACUUCUGACUUAACAGCUGUCCAAAAGACAAUCAUUGACACCUUGCACAAGGAGGGCAAGACACAAAAGGUGAUUGCUAAAGAAGCUGGCUGUUCGCAGAGCUCUGUGUCCAAGCACAUUAACAGACAGGCGAAGGGACGGAAAAAAUGUGGUAGAAAAAAGUGUACAAGCUCUAGGGAUAACCGCACCCUGCAGAGAAUUGUGACGACAAACCCAUUCAAAAAUGUGGGGGAGAUCCACAAAGAGUGGACUGCAGCUGGAGUCAGCGCUUCAAGAACCACCACGAGGAGACUCAUGAAAGACAUGGGAUUCAGGUGUCGCAUUCCGUGUGUCAAGCCACUCUUGAACAAGAAACAGCGCAAGAAGCGUCUCGCCUGGGCCAAGGACAAAAAGGACUGGACUGAUGCUGAGUGGUCCAAAGUUAUGUUUUCUGAUGAAAGCAAGUUCUGCAUUUCCUUUGGAAAUCAAGGACCCAGAGUCUGGAGGAAGAGCGGAGAAGCACAGAAUCCACGUUGCAUGAGGUCCAGUGUAAAUUUUCCACCGUCAGUGAUGGUGUGGGGUGCCAUGUCAUCUGCCGGUGUUGGCCCACUCUGUUUCCUGAGGUCCAGGGUCAAUGCAGCCGUCUACCAGGAAGUUUUAGAGCACUUCAUGCUUCCUGCUGCUGACCAACUUUAUGGGGAUGCAGACUUCACCUUUCAACAGGACUUGGCACCUGCACACAGUGCCAAAACCACCAGCACCUGGUUCAAGGACCAUGGUAUCCCUGUCCUUGAUUGGCCAGCAAACUCGCCUGACCUUAACCCCAUAGAAAAUCUAUGGGGUAUUGUGAAGCGGAGGAUGCAAUACGCUAGACCCAACAAUGCAGAGGAGCUGAAGACGACUAUCAGAGCAACCUGGGCUCUCAUAACACCUGAGCAGUGCCACAGACUGAUCGAGUCCAUGCCACGCCGCAUUACUGCAGUUAUUGAGGCAAAAGGAGCCCCGACUAAGUAUUGAGUGCUAUACAUGCACAUUCUUUUCAUGUUCAUUCUUUUCAGUUGGCCAACAUUAGAGAAACAAACAUUUUUUCAUUGGCCUUUAGAAUAUUCUAAUUUUCUGAGAUACCAGAUUUGAUGUUUUCAUUGGUUGUCACCUAUAAAUAUCAAAAUUAAACGUAAUAAACAUCGGAAAUACAUUGGUCUGUGUGCAUUGCAUGAAUAUAAUGUACAAGUUUCACGUUUUGAAUGGAAUUACUGAAAUAUUUUCAACCUUUUGAUGAUAUUCUAAUUUACUGGCCAGCACCUGUAUGCUACUGUAAUCGGUAUUUUUCUGUCACCCACCUUUUGGACAUCCCCCUGGCACUUUGUUUUCAUUUUUUUGUGCACAUCUCACUUUUCUUAUUCGUUGUCAACUGUGAGCUCAUUGUCACUUUGUAUAUUACACUUUUGUUAAUAAAGGUUUGUUUUAAAAAACAGAGGAAGAUGUUUUGUCAUUUCCGGACUUCCUGUUGGCGGGAGACGGCUCAGAGUCUGACGGAGUAGCAGACAGACCAGACGGACCAUGUCCCGGGUUCUGAACGGUAUCGUCGCGGUGUGUCCUGAUCUGGGUAUCGGGAAGAACGGAGACCUGCCCUGGCAUCCGGUUCGGCUCAAG